UGCGCGCUGCGGGCUCUUUGCGUCUGCGUAGUGCGCCCACCUCCCUUUCUGCCUCCGCUGCCGCCAUGGCGCCCGUGAAAAAGCUUGUGGCGAAGGGGGGCAAAAAAAAGAAGCAAGUUCUGAAGUUUACCCUUGACUGCACCCACCCUGUAGAAGAUGGAAUCAUGGAUGCUGCCAAUUUUGAGCAGUUUCUUCAAGAGAGAAUCAAAGUGAAUGGAAAAGCUGGGAAUCUCGGUGGAGGGGUUGUAACAAUUGAAAGGAGCAAAAGCAAGAUUACUGUAACUUCUGAGGUGCCUUUCUCCAAAAGAAGGAGAUCUGAUACCAUGAGAGACUGGUGCAACAAUAGGGUCUCCAGGGCGUACAAAGCCUACAACUCUGGGCUUCCGCAGAGCUCAUGGGGGAGAUGCUGUGAUCUUCGUGACCCGUUUCCACGCUUACCAACCUGGCGUGAGAAUGGCUGCUAGCACCCCUUCCGUUUUCACAGAUGCCUGUUUGUCUCUAGUGUGGGAAGACUGGAGCCUUCGUCUUCAUCACUUUCCUCUCGGUGACGAUAGUUUGACUGUCUUGUAGCGUUCUAGGUGUUCCUACUUGAGGACCUUUUCUUGUCUCCGAACUUCUGUAGCUUUUUCCCUAGUUUCUCGAGGUUCUUUUAUGACAAAUUUUAAACGACCGGAAAUUAACCCCCUCCUUACCGGAAUACUAUGUGGUAGAAGAAAUAAAUGACAGAAAAGAA